AUGGUUGGCUGGCUACUGGCAUCUGCUGCUGCAGUGUGUAUUGGCACGACAUACGCUCAGCCAUCGCCAGAAGUUCAAGCGCGUAUCAGUGCUGCCAUAGUAGCUACCCAGGUAUCCAAUUCCACGGAUAUCGACUAUACUGCUUUCGUGAAUCCUUUCAUCGGAACUGAUUACACCAAUUAUGGGGAUGUUUGCCCAGGCGCGUCAGUGCCCUUCGGAAUGGUCAAAUUCACCACCGACUUCACGGGUUACGCACCAGCGGGGUACAACUCGGAUCCGUCCCAAAAAGCUCGCGGCAUGAGCCCCCUGCAUGACAGUGGCACGGGGUCAUCACUCGGGACGUAUGGUAACUUCGAGGUCAUGCCCCUCCUUUGUCCUUCAGGAUUCGACACGUGCACCACCACGCUGCAGGCGCGUGAGAGGUAUAGGAAGAAUGAUAGCGAUGACGCGUACCCGGGCUACUUUUCGCUGACUCUAGAUAAUGAUAUCAAGAUGGAAGCCACAACGACGCGUCGUGCUGGGCUAGAACGCUUCACGUUCCCAAGGGGCUCGAAACCGUACUUCGUGCUCGACCUAGCCAAUGACUUGCCGGCGUCAUUUGCGGGCGGAACCCUCGAUAUUGACCCAGAAAAUGGUCGUAUCACAAUUGGCGGCCACUACGGCUCUAGCUUCGGUCCCGGCGCGUACCACUACCAAGCAUUUGCUUGUUAUGAUCUCUUGAACAGCGGAACUCAAAAGCUGAGUGAAUAUGGUGUCUGGACCGGUGAUACCUACGGCCUUGACGCAAAAGCACUCGGUCAGACACACCUCAAUCUCUCUCAGAACUUGAUAGGCGGUACACCCUACCAAUCAGGUGCACUCUUCUCAUAUGAGGGUAACCCGGAGGAAGUGAUUCUUCGCGUGGGUGUUUCAUUCGUAUCGACCGACCAGGCCUGCGCCAAUGCCGAGGAGGAAAUUGGCACAAAGUCUUUUGAAGAAAUCCAGAAGGCGUCCAAGGCUCUUUGGCAGGAGAAGCUCAGCAAGAUCGAGAUUGAUGUCGCAAACACACCCUCUAAUGUGACAGAGAUGCUGUAUUCAUCGCUGUACCGAGCGUCUUUGACUCCUAAUAAUGCUACUCUAGAAACUCAAGGCGCGUUUGCGAACACGACAUCAUUCUACUUUGACUCUCUUUACUGUAGCUGGGAUACGUUCCGAACAUUUUACCCCCUCAUGACUCUUCACUCCCCAGUCGAAUUCGCACAAAUCGUGGACAAUUAUAUCGACGGCUGGCGUAAACUCGGCUGGAUGCCUGAAUGCCGCGCAAACAACCUUCCCGGGUGGACGCAGGGAGGGUCUAGCGGUGACACCAUUGUCGCACAGUUUGCGGUGAAUUAUCACAAUGAAGCGAAAGCGCUAGGAAUCGACCUCGACGAACUGUACGCCGCGCUCGUCACGGACGGGCAGGUGAAUCCGCCCGAAUGGAAUACAAUGGGCAGGCAGGUGAAUGUGUACAAGCAAUUCUCCUACGUACCUUUUGCUGUUCUAGACACUGGGAGCACCGGUAGACAGACCAGGGAGGGAAGUAGAACUCUUGAGUACGCAUUCCAGGACUUCGGUAUUCGCCAGGUGGCACAAGUGCUUGGAAAAACAGACGAUGUUGAAUACUACACGAACCGAUCAUAUUGGUACCGCAAUGUCUGGGAUCCAACUGUGGAAAGUGAUGGAUACCAAGGAUUCAUGCAGAAGAGAUUCUCCAAUGGAACCUUCUAUAACACCGACCCUGUGGACUGCUCGCCAAAGGACACCAGGAGCACUCAGGAGUGCUCGCUUCAGGAGGAUAACCAGAGCGGGUAUGCACCGCAUGAUACGGGAUACUUGGUUGAGCUCAUGGGAGGAAAUACAACGUUCACGAAUCGACUCGAUCAUUUCUUUGAGGCACCCAUCGGAUACCACUAUGCAAACCAACCUUGGCGCUCUGUUGACCGUGUCCGCGAUGUUGUCAUAAACAACUUCAAUACCGGUCUUCCUGGAAACGACGACCAGGCCGCAAUGGCAACACUCCUCGGGUUCCAUCUCUUAGGAUUGUACCCAGUUCCCUCAACGACGCGCUACCUUAUUAUCUCCCCCUUCACGCCAAAAUAUACCAUUCACAACACCUACCUCAACACCAGCACUACGGUGACUGUUACCAACUACUCUUCUGCGUCUGUGGCGUACCCAAUACCCAAUGUGCCUGCGAAAAGUAGAUGCUAUAUUGAUUUCUAUGAUACGUUUAGAGUGGGUGGGGAGAUUGAAAUAGUUGUCACGGAGGACAAAACGUAUGAUUGCGGUGGGCAUGUACCAGAAAGUCUAUCGAUGGGGGGAUUUGCUAGUGCACGGUAGAAGAUUGAUGAUAACCAGUUCCCUGUUGCGAAUAACAUGCUUUCGAUAGCAAAUAGUAGUCAAGCUCAAG